AGCCACUCAAACUUUAGGAGGGAUAUUACAAGUUUAGAUCACAAACUGCAGGAAUGCAAGCAAUCAGGUCUCUGUUUAUCCCCAAGUGGUCUUCAGAUGUGCGCCUAGAUGGGAAGACAGCUAUAGUAACGGGGGCCAACGUUGGAAUAGGCAAAGAGACGGCCAAAGACCUGGCCGGCAGAGGUGCUCGGGUGAUUCUGGCGUGCAGAGACAUGGCGAAGGGAGAGCAGGCUGCUCGCGACAUCAUGAGGGAGGUGAAGGCAGCCAAGGUAGUCGCCAGGCAACUGGAUCUGGCCGACACCAAAUCGAUCUGCCAGUUCGCUGAGAAUAUCUACAACACUGAGAAGGCUCUUCACUACCUGAUCAACAAUGCAGGUGUAGCGAUUUGCCCUCACGGCCUCACAGCGGAUGGAUACGAGAUGCAGUUUGGAGUCAAUCACUUGGGUCAUUUCUUCCUGACCUUUCUGUUACUGGACUUGCUGAAGCACUCUGCACCGUCGCGGGUCAUCAACGUGUCAUCGGCAACGCAAGCCAUGGGCAAGAUCCAGUUUGAUGACCUGAGCGGUGAGAAGGACUACCACCCUUUCAGGGCCUACGCACAGAGCAAGCUGGCCAACGUCCUGUUUACCAGAGAGUUGGCCAAAAGGACUGAGGCUCUAGGUGUGAUGGCAUACUGUGUGGACCCCGGCGCGGUGAACACUGAAAUCACAAGGCACUUCAUGCGCCCUCUUGUGGACUUCAUCAAGACCUUCAGUUUCCUGAUCAAGACCCCGGCAGAGGGAGCUUACACCACCGUCUACUGCACAGUCACCCCUGAGAGCCAGCUGCUCACCGGAGGAUACUACAAGGACUGCGCCAGCGCUAUGAGCUCCAGGGCGGGUCAGGAUGAUGGCACCGCCUUAAAGCUGUGGGCCGUGAGCUGCCACAUGCUAGGCAUCCGCUGGAGAUAG